ACUUAUACUGUACCACAUCCGCUGGAGUUCAUCUCCUGGACUCCAGAUUUUCUUUCCCGCCUUAGCUUCUGUUUGAUUGGUCUCAACCCAAGUUUGCGGUCAUUGUCCAGCUUCACAUUGGUCGAUUCGCAAGCCCCUCGAGCUCCGCGUUAAACCGCCUGCAUCUUUCUGCCUCGGUGGGCGGGACCGUCUAUUCGCAGGGAAUAGGUUGUAAUCCAAUGCCAUCAACCUGCCGCAAUUAUCGGUGUUUACUGUCCAUUCAUCCGUCGUCUUAAUCAAAGACAGGCGAUUGACAAUGCACUGAACCAGGCACCGGAUAUUAUUCAUAAAAAGAAAUUCCUUCCUGCACAUUGCACGUACAGAUAUCCCACUGUGAACGGCGCAGUUUGUAUCUCGGUGGCCGACAAAAGUCACUUUUCGGGGUUUUGGGAUUGCAGGUUGGCCCUCGGCUGCGGCUGUAAAGCGGGGCACUCUCCGGCGUCGUUCUGCACUCGCGAUCAUGUUUAUUUCAUAAAGCAUGGCGGUGAGGAGGACCCUGUAAACUAAAUGACUGUCAGAAACAUCGCCUCCAUUUGUAAUAUGGGCACCAAUGCCUCUGCACUGGAGAAAGACAUUGGUCCAGAACAGUUCCCAAUCAAUGAACACUACUUUGGAUUGGUCAACUUCGGCAACACCUGCUAUUGCAACUCGGUGCUGCAAGCAUUGUAUUUUUGCCGGCCAUUCCGGGAGAACGUCCUCGCCUACAAGGCCGGCCAGCGCAAGAAGGAGAACCUGCUCACCUGCCUGGCCGACCUCUUCCACAGCAUCGCCACGCAGAAGAAGAAGGUGGGCGUCAUCCCGCCCAAGAAGUUCAUCUCACGCCUUCGCAAGGAGAACGACCUGUUUGACAACUACAUGCAGCAGGACGCUCACGAGUUUCUCAACUACCUGCUGAACACGGUGGCCGACAUCCUGCAGGAGGAAAAGCAGGAGAAGCAGAACGGCAGGCUGAAGAACGGCUCGGUGCCAGGUGGACAGGCGGAGGAGAGCAAGGCAGAGCCCACCUGGGUGCACGACAUCUUCCAGGGCACGCUGACCAAUGAGACGCGCUGCCUCAACUGCGAGACGGUCAGCAGUAAAGAUGAAGACUUUCUGGACCUUUCAGUAGAUGUGGAGCAGAACACAUCAAUAACGCACUGUCUGAGGGACUUCAGUAACACAGAGACGCUGUGCAGUGAGUACAAGUACUACUGUGAGACAUGCUGCAGCAAGCAGGAGGCGCAGAAGCGCAUGCGGGUGAAGAGGCUGCCUAUGAUACUAGCCCUGCACCUGAAGAGAUUUAAGUACAUGGAGCAGCUGCACCGCUACACCAAGCUUUCUUACCGCGUCGUCUUCCCGCUGGAGCUGCGCCUUUUCAACACGUCAGGCGACGCAGUCAACCUAGAUCGCAUGUACGACCUGGUGGCCGUGGUGGUGCACUGCGGCAGCGGCCCCAACAGAGGACAUUACAUCACCAUCGUCAAGAGCCACGGCUUCUGGCUACUGUUUGAUGAUGACAUCGUGGAGAAAAUCGACGCUCAAGCCAUCGAGGAGUUCUAUGGCUUGACGUCUGACAUCUCGAAAAACUCAGAGUCCGGCUACAUCCUGUUCUACCAGUCCAGGGAGUAACGGGGGGGGGGGGUGUUUGUUUGUGUUAACAAGCUAUGCUCGUCGCCACCUCUGCCCAGUCCGAGGAAGACGACGUCCAAUCAAAAACCUUGACCCUCCACGAUCUAGUUACCCCCCCAUGGCCGGUCCGGAGGGACACUGUCAGACAGAGGCCGGUUCUCCUGUCCUUCCCCUCUCUGUGCUCAGCACGACACUGAUACCACACUGUUCUCACCUGCACCCAAAGGCACUUUAACAUCAGUCCAGGACUGCACAGAACCAAUAAGCCAGAGCAGAACCGGUGGCCAGGUUCUUCACCGCCGAGUCGCUGUCCUGAGCACAGAGAACCAGACCGGCUAUGACCAGUGGGCUCAUGUUCCCAUGGUUAUGGUUGCUAAGCAGUUAUGUCUUCUUUUAUUUAGUUCAGGUUUGGAUUAUAUUCGAUUUUCUUUAUUCUAAUUGGUCCAUGAGGUGGACCACAUGACCAUGGUCCUGCCAAAAUAUAUAGUUGAAGAUGAGGCCCACUUAUUUCAGAGACUUCUGUGUGAAGUAUAUAUGUGUGAACGCCAACCACGACUGCAAGCAUUCCCUGACCCUGGAUGUCAGACCUUAUUUAAUACUUUGCAUUUUUAGAGGUGCUGGCUGUUUUUGGUAUGGAGUGUGUACCAGUAGGGGGCACAGCAAGUCAAUAGGAGGUGUUGAGGGCAAACCACUGAGAGGUGAAUCGUGCAGAAAUUGAGUUUGUGAGGUUUGAGGUGUCUAUGAAAUAUCUGGCCUUCGGUCUUUUAAUGGGCUUCAGGUGGAAAAGAGAGUUUGAGGUUUGAUGACCUGAACACUUUGGUGCCAUUGAUUACUCAGCCCACCAACACUGUGGAAACCGGUGUGGGCCAUCAAUUUAAUGGGCGGUAUACAUCCUUAGUGAACAGGAAGUGAUUGUAGAAGCAGGAUAUUAUUUUGGCGAAAGUGGUGGAUGGAGACUUGGGGAAUAGCACUUGUGGUGGGCAUUGUCACGGCAUUUUGAUUCUGACUACCAAUCAAAAGGCCGUCUUGCAAUCCUGCGAGGCCACAGAUUGUGCCUUGCCCUCUAGGUGAGGUCUUAUGCGAUUACCUGUAAUUCACUUCUCCCCCUGGUGGCCAGAAGAGAAAUCUGCAGGUGCCCUCGAUCAUAGAACAUGUGGGUGAUUUGCUGUUUGGCGUGGGAAUUGUGAUGGUUAACUGGAUCAUGUUUCUGGGAACAAAGCAUAAGUGCUUCUUGGAUGAUGGUGAUGAAGGGUGGAUGCCAGGCUCAGGUCUUUCUGUUGCUUAGUACUGAAGGUAUUAUAGCUGUUAGAAGUAUUGCUGCUGGGCGACGUUAGGUCACCAGUUAGCUCUCCGACUUCACCACGGAGAAUUAACCACUGUCAGGAUUUGAUUGGACUGUCCUUACUUGCAAAAACCAUGGGCUAAAAGGGAUCUUUACCAAUCCUUUUUCAUUACCUUACACACACUUUUAUCCAAAGCGAUGUACAAGGGUUAAGGGUCGUGCUCAAGGGGCCCAACGGUGAAAUAACUCUGCUGACACUGGGAUUUGACCCAGCGACCUUCCAAUCACAGGAGCAGCGUCCCAGCCUGCUGAGCCGCACUGCCUCUGGGCUGUUGGCUGGUGAGAUUAGUGCUGUUUUCUUAUGUUUGUUUUUGUAGAAAAACAUCCCAGAUGUCGGGAAGUUGGCCCCAAGGCUAUUGUCUUCACCUUUCUCCCUGGUGUUUUUAAUUCCAGCCGUAAGACUUCCAUCGUCUUUCUUGAAAGUCUCUAAAUAUCCAUAUAGAUACUCAAAGCUAUAGAGAGUUUUAACUUAUUCUUUGGCAGAGGGAUCAUGUGUUAAUGAUCUCUCCUGGCGCUUUUCCUUGGUGGGAGAUCUGAUUGGCUCACUCAGUUUCCAGCCCCGCCCUCUUGAACCCACAGACCGCACCCCAUAGCCAAUUAUGUCUUUCCAGCAAAAUGGUGUGAACAAAGGCUGUGUGGUUCACCUCCGUGCCAAAACUGAAGAGCUAACUUUAAGGUAUAAAAUACUACCUUGGGGGGACAAAAGAGAAGACCGGUGUGUGUACAGAAAUAGCACUAUAUUUUUUAAAAGGACUAAACUCUGCAAGGCUGCUAGUUCUACUGCAAGGGUGUAGUUUUUCUCAUUGAUUACACCUUUGAAGGUCUGCAGCAGAACUAUUAUUGACUGCUUGUAGCUGUUGACUAAUCUCUAAAUAAAGUAAGUAUAUAAAUAUUUCUAUUUUCGGUCAUAGUAAAUACUAAAUGUACUUCUCCUCCUCCCUGUUCACCCUCAGUUUUGUAGCUUCAGUGAUGAGGAUUUCAGAGGCUCAAAGAGACACUGUUACUCCCCGUUAAUAUGCAGGUACACCGUCAUGGGUAAAGGCCAUGCCUUGUUACCCCCUUUACUCUAAGUCACUUUAUCAUAGCCUGAAUUUCAGUCUAAUGGUCUCCAUCCGUAUCGAUAGUAAUCUACCACAUUAGCAAUGUGUUUGGUGUCAAUAGGAUGGACUGUGGGAUUCACCUAACAACCUUCUGGUGAUCUGUUCCUUCAACUUUAGACCCACUGCACAGGCUGAUUCAGACUGUGUUGUAUAUUAGUAUUAAUUGUAUGACUCUCCCAGACCUAUAGGAAGCAUAAAUUUAGCAUCCUUCUCUGAUAGGAUAGAGCGCCACCUGAAGGUCGGAAGGGUCAGUGCGAAUUAAAAAGUGCACUUUACUAAAAAUGAGUAAUUUGCUUUAACUGUAAGAGAAUAAGAUAUUCUUUGCAAAUGGAUCAUGUUAUUUUUUUCCGGUCUUCAAUAAAAACUUGAUGAAACUCCUGU